GCCAAUCAAAUCGCUUGAUUCGGGAUUAGCGGUGAGUUUGAAUACGGAAAACAUGGCAGCAAUCGAUGCGUGCGAAGGAAAGAGUUGAAGGCGAUUGACAGGAUUUUGACUCCCUGAUUACUGUUUAUAUUCCGAGUAAAAGGACAUCACGGAUUUCCUGUAUCUUGUGCCUUGAAGUAUAAUUUAGCAUCAUUAUUUGAAGAAGAACUGAAUGGGACAAUGGCUGGGCCAAUGGAAGUGACAGAUUCUCAGCUGAGUUGCAGUACGACAUUCAGUACAUCAACCAUGAAUGAUACCACAAGAACGAGUUCAUUGACUCCCGUAGAUGUAAGGUUUUGUUUGAUAGGAGCCAAGCUGAGAGAUCAUACCCAGCUUCAUCAUGCAUUGCAAAAAAUGAAGAUGCCUUACGUGUUCUCCGACACCGGGCAAGAAUACACCGUCAAAGAUGAGCAGGCAGAGACCGUCUUUGUCAUGUCAGAGUUUGAAGGAGAAAUCUUUGAAGCGUUGUCAAAUAAAAACCGUCACAUUCUAGGCACCACGGCAAUAUUACAGAGUGCAGCUAAAGAUGAGCAUCUUCCCUGCGUGACGAGACCGCUGUUCUGUCGGCACAUGGACAAGCUGGUCAUCUGCUUCACAGGGUUCUUGGACAAGGCUGAAAUCAAGCGGCUGGUCGUCCUGGUCCACAACAUGGCCGGAAGCAUCCGCAAGGACUACGGUCCUCGCGUCACGCAUCUCGUGGCUAACUCGUCCAGCAGUGAGAAAUACAGGGUUGCUGUUAGUUUAGGCACUCCGAUUAUGACCAAAGAAUGGAUCCACGCUACGUGGGAUAGACGUCAUCAGCAAGAGUGCAGUGCUACAUCAGAAGAAAUGUUGAAAUAUAAGAUGCCUCCAUUCUUUGGCUGUACACUUGGUUUUGUGGGCUUUACGCAAGAAGAUCAGAAGCACAUGGAGGAGGUUACACAAACGCAAGGAGGAAGUAUAGAAUCGACUGCCAACGAUUCCUGUACACACAUAGUCGUUGACGAGAACACCGUGGCUGAACAAGUCUUAGACUACCCAAGCAAAGUCAAAGUCGUCAAGCAGGAAUGGUUCUGGGCCAGUAUUCAAAUGGACGCGAGAGCAGAGGAAAAUUUAUAUACCUUCAGAAUGCAAUCCACCCCUGCCUCUCUUCAUGGCACGCCCACCAUGAUGUUCACUGGACCCAAGUCCACCCGCAAACGUCGUCUCAAGGACAGUAUCGCCGCUCUCAGCUGCGACACCGACCACAUGGAAACUCCCACCAUGCCUGCCCAGAAGAGACGAUCCAGCUUCAACGAGGGCGCCAGCUGUAUGUCCAUCUCGGCCUCGUCCAUCCUUGAUUACAGUCAGACACCUAACAGCUCAGCAGCUCUUGCAGCUGAACCAUGUACCCCUAUGGAGACGGAAACCCCCAAGAAGCCAGCCGUCCCAGCGCAGCCCCUAUCAAAACGACACAUGACAGCCAUGGAGUUGCUACAGACUGAGAUCAACUAUGUGAAGAUCUUAGAUACCAUCAUCACUGUGUUCAAAGAACCGUUGGAGACGGAGCAGACCGGUGGCCCCAUCCUGGCCCAGGAGGAGAUCAAGACCAUCUUCAAUCGUAUUCCAGACAUCUAUGCCGUUCAUUGCAGGCUCAAGAACGACAUCCAGGCUCUCAUAGACGACUACUCGGAGGACAAGAGCAUCGGUCAAAUAUUCCUGAGACAUUCCACUGAUAUGGGUAAGGCAUACCCACCCUUUGUGAACUUCUUUGAGAUAGCCAAGCAGACGGUGGUGCAGUGUGAUAAACAGAAGCCAAGGUUUCAUGCAUUCCUCAAGAUUUGUCAGAGUAAACCGGAGUGUGGUCGGCAGUCCCUGACAGAACUCCUAAUCCGUCCAGUCCAGAGGUUACCCAGUAUGAUCCUCCUCUUGUCUGAUCUGUCAAAGAGAACAACCGACUCGCAUCCAGACUACAGACACCUCAAAGAUGGACUUGAGGCACUCAAAAAGGUCACAGAACAAAUUAACGAAGACAAGCGGAAAACAGAGGGCCACACCCAAAUGUUUGACAUCAUGAACGAGAUAGAGGGCGUCCCAGCUCACCUGCUUUCAGCCCACCGCCAUUUCAUCACGAAGAUCGACGUAUCCGAGAUCGGGAAAGGAGACUCGUUCGGCGAGAAGGGCAUCUGUAUCACCAUGUUUCUCUUCUCCGACACACUAGAGAUCUGUAAGAAGCGAGUAAAGCACGGCAACACAAAAACAUCUCAGAAGACCUUCAAACACAUAGAGCUUCUCAAUCUGUCUUAUAUUAGGAGAGUUCUCGACAUCAAUGAAACGGACGAAUGCCAUAAUGCCUUUGCCUUGCUGUGUAAGCCGCCCAUGGUGGAUGUCCUAGAGAGGACAGACCGUCUCUACAUGUUUGCAGUGUCUGGGGAUGAGAGCUGUAAGAUGGAAUGGCUGAAGAUCUUAUGCCAGCAUAUGGCCAACACAACUUGUAAAACAGAUGCUGAGAAUUUUCUGUGCAAGAUUUCUCCCGAGGACCUUGAGCUUUCCAAGAGUGACUUUGAUGUCAGCAGGAAGAACAAAGCUGUUAGAGCUGCAAAGAGAGCCACCAAGAAAGUGUCGAGGACAUUCUCUUUCAACCGGACACCCCGACGGUCAAUCCAGAGAGCGGUCAACAGUGUAUCAUCCAACUUCAGCCCGAUGGUCAACGGGGAAGGCGUCAGCCCUCAGCAGUUUAGCAAGAUGGGUGCAAGGUUAGCGGGUACUAUGACACUCAAGGCACUUUCACCUCUGGCAAGGAGAACACCGCUCACCCCGCGCCACUUACAGAAGAGUCUUACUAUGGGACCGUCAGCCAGUAAAAAUAUGUGAACUUGUCAAAUUCAACAUCUAAAGUAACCAGCCUCAUCACUUACAUGGAAACCUUUCUAUGGGACCAUCAACUAGUAAAAGUUUUGAAGUCAUCAAAACGACAUCCAGAUGAGCGAACCUCGUCAUAUCAAUCGAAGACCAACUUUAUACAUGUACCACAUACCAGGCAAUCUAUUUGAAAUCCAUUAGAAUGAAUGCAGAUUCGUGACUUCUGAUUGGUUGUUGGAAGCCUUGCAGUAACAUGGUUUGUGUCACAUGAUUCCGGAGGAAGAUUGGAUGAUCAAUGUAAAUAUCACAAGUCCACAAGAUAUGACAUUACGAUAACGUGCCCCUUUCAGUAAAAAUCAAUAGUGGUUUUUUGAAAAAUGUGGAGUUUUUAUACAUGUGUGAUAGGAACAAUAUUCCUAUUUUUAAAGUGUAAUAUUCAGGUAAAAGAUAAGUAAACUCAUUCAUCUGCAUUGUAUAAAGCAAAAUAAUUUCUUAUAAUAGGUGCGUAUUCAAUAUUAAGUAACAUACAUUCAAAUUGUUUGAUUUAUGGUGGAUAGUUGUCGUGUACUUUAUCUGUAUUCAGUAUGGGCUAGUCCAUUUUAACUCUACAGAUUAUAUCAUCUGGAGAUAGAGACACUGAAUACAAUAUACCAUCUCCGUAUGAAUUACACAAUAUUGGUAUUUCCUGGCUCAUCUAACCCAUUUUAAGAAACAAGAGAAAAUUAAAUAAAAAUGGCCCUUCUUAACAUUAGAGCACUUGUUCAGUUUUAAGCAGAAACUGGUGAUUGAAUCAAGUCCCCUAUCUCAUAGGGCUGUUUGUACAUUGCAAAAUGAUUUUAUGCGCGACUGGUGACACUUUGUGUUAGAAUGAUAAAUCUCUACCAUGCCUACGUAACUGACUGAGCACCAAAGAACAUGUUCCAGCCGUAUGUAACUUUGCGAUUCAUAGUGUUCCUGAAAUAAGAUGACAUGUAGUAUUCGCUGCUUUUUUUUCUUACCUGUGAUUGAUCACUUCCUUCAUCCGUGGCUCUGCGUUCAAUCGCAGCGAUUUGUUAAUUCUAUUUGGGCAAACAGAAAUGCUCAAUUCUUAUUGGUUACACAGCACACCUAUGUGUGAAGACUGCAUUCCUGCUUUAUUUAUUUAUUUUGCUCUUUGAAUUCUAAUGAGAAACAGCUUCAUGUCUGCCACUGCUUUUUUUCAUUCUCUUGACGAGUUAGAAAUAUAUAUUACUUACCUAUCCACGAAAUCGGCUAUUACUUGUAAUUCAAAACGCACUUUCAGGGCAACUAUUUACUUGAAUUCAUUGUAACUGAAUUUAAAAAAAAAUUCAACUCAAGUCCUCAUGAUUCUUCUGUAUCAUGAAAACAUUAAUGUUGCAAUUAAUCUUACGAUUCCUAUCGAUUGUGAGUCCCUUGCGAAAGAGAAAGUUAUUUAAGAUUAGAGAGUCAAAAGGAGCCUAAGCUUUCGAUCCUAGCAGAAUCUUCAUCGGAGGCAAUAUGAAAUUGAUUUAAGAUUGGUUGAAUUUCUGUGUCACCGGUACUAGGAUUGAGUUAUUUGAUCAGCCUCAAUCGGCUUACCCCCUACUGGCCGCGGAUAUUUUGGAAACCCUUUUUUAUUUUUACCAUUUGUACUGUAAAAAGAUAUAUUAAAAUUGUGCCCUUUUGAAAAGUGGCAUUGCUUUGAAAAUAUAUGGAAAUAUAACGGCUAGGGUGGCAUUUUAUCUACAUGAAAUGAGCUGAUAUUAGUAGCUAAGUGAAGUGUUAAAAGAUAUUGUAUUCAUUCACAAGGAAACUAUUUAUUACGCAUCUUGUCAGAUUAAAGAGUCACAACUUGAAAUGUUAUUGUUUUAGUUGGG